AUGCACGCUUCCACGUCCGCUCAGCGGAAACCUUCUCAGCAGUCGCAGCGGCUAUCAUCCGUGCGCUCAGCACGGUCAGGUAGAUCUUAUCAUGGUAUUGCACGUCAACAUGGCCAGUAUUUGGACCAACAAGACAGUGCCCAAGAAAACUCGCAGCACCGUGCGUCGACGACAGCGUCAGCACACUCGCCUCAGACGAAAUGGUGGCAUGUCCACUUGUUCCGUGGAAUGAUCAACGAUGUCAAGCGCAGAGCACCAUAUUAUUGGAGCGAUUGGACUGAUGCAUGGGAUUAUCGUGUCGUGCCUGCUACGGUCUAUAUGUAUUUUGCUAAUAUCUUGCCUGCCCUGGCCUUCUCGUUGGAUAUGUUCGAGAAGACAAGUCAAAGCUAUGGCGUCAAUGAAGUUCUACUUGCUUCUGUUCUUGGUGCAAUUGUAUUUGCGCUUUUUGCGGCUCAGCCGCUGGUCAUUGUCGGUGUUACUGGUCCCAUCACUGUGUUCAACUAUACUGUCUAUGAUAUCAUGGCUCCUCGGGGAACACCGUAUCUUGCAUUCAUGUGUUGGAUUGGAAUCUGGUCUUUGAUUAUGCAUUGGAUACUGGCUAUCACUAAUUCCUGUAACGCCCUGACAUAUGUCACUCGAUUCUCGUGCGACAUCUUCGGGUUCUACGUUGCUUGUAUCUAUAUCCAGAAGGGCAUUCAAGUUCUCACCAGACAAUGGGGCUCCGUGGGAGAAACCUCUGCUUACCUGAGUAUCAUGGUUGCACUACUUGUCCUGAUGUGUUCAUGGAUCUGUGGAGAACUGGGCAACAGCAAUCUUUUUAAGCGACCCGUUCGGAAAUUCUUAGAGGACUACGGUACACCUUUGACCAUCAUCUUCUUUACUGGUUUUGUCUACAUCGGUCAGAUGAGGGGUGUUGAUGUCGCCACGCUCCCUACCAGUAAGGCUUUCUUUCCUACAACCGACCGGUCUUGGCUUGUGCAUUUCUGGGAUAUCAGUAUCGGAGAUAUCUUCCUUGCCAUCCCAUUUGCGAUUCUUCUCACAAUUCUCUUUUACUUUGAUCACAAUGUGUCAUCUCUCAUUGCCCAAGGAACCGAAUUUCCUCUUCGAAAGCCAGCUGGCUUCCAUUGGGACAUUUGGCUCCUCGGUCUCACAACCUUCGUGGCUGGAAUUAUGGGAAUACCAUUCCCCAAUGGCCUGAUUCCCCAAGCCCCCUUCCACACUGCCGCCCUCUGCGUCACCCGUCAGGUGGCAGACGAAGACGACACAAACAAGGGCAAAGCUAUCCGAGUAACAGACCACGUAGUAGAACAGCGAGUUAGCAACUUCGCACAGGGACUUUUGACACUGGGAACAAUGACUGGACCCCUCCUCGUCGUGCUCCACUUGAUUCCACAGGGCGUGAUGGCUGGUUUGUUCUUUGUUAUGGGUGUCCAGGCUCUACAAGGCAAUGGCAUUACACAAAAACUGAUUUUCCUCGCCGAAGACGAGAAGUUUACCUCCGCGUCGGAUCCUCUCAAGCGAAUUGAGCGCCGUUCCGCCAUUUGGGUCUUUGUCGCUCUUGAAUUGUUUGGCUUUGGUGCGACUUUCGCUAUCACUCAGACAAUUGCUGCUAUCGGGUUUCCUGUUAUCAUUCUCCUUCUGAUACCGGUACGCUCGUUCCUGCUUCCUAAAUGGUUUUCCCGCGAGGAGCUUGCAACACUCGACGGACCGACAGCUAGUCCAUUCACCAUGGAAAGUGUCGGUGGCACCCACGGAAUGGAGGAGUACGAUGACGCGACGGCUAGCGGGGGCCGGGAUGAUUAUUCGAGUGGAGGUGACGGAGUCCUGAGAAACCGAACUUCAGCUUCUCCGGAAUCUGCAGUUGAAGAGGAUGAUCUAGAGCGAGGUGAGGCUUAUGAGCUCCCCUCCCUUGUUUCACGCAGAAGGAGCACAGCCAGCAGGGUAGACUAA